AUGGGCGUAACAUGGCGUGGCGCCUCAAUGUAUCCCUGUGAAAUAAAUGUUGGCUCAGAUCAGGCCGGUAUGUCCUCGCUAAGCUUGGCUCGUCGAGCGGCUACGAUUCUACGGUUGUUGGCAAGCAGGCAGCAGUUUCUGACGAAGAAACGUUUGGUGGAAUUUUCAAGCAGUGACAGCGCACAAAAAGUUCUUCAGAAAAUGAGCGGUACGGAACAAGAAAUCGACGGUCACGCCGUUCAGGUGGUCGCAGACCAUGAAGAGAAUGAGACCACAGAGGCAGGAGCUACGGCAGGUCAUGAAGAACAACAAACACCUUCAGAGCACAGUCGAUCGCGAAGCAAUUCGGGAUCUUCGGGAUCCGGAGAUGAUGAGAAGAAGAAUGGAGAUGUGGAUGAAGGUGAUGAAGAUUCAGCUGAUGAUCAUCAUUCGGUGGAGAAUGGCGAUGAGGUCGGAGAACGCAAUGGACGUAAUGGCAAGCAUGUAGAGGCAAACGGAAACGUGAGUUAA